AUGACCUUCUACCAGGGAUCUGAGCUCUACAUCGAGUGGGCCGCCCAGCAUGGCUGCGGUGUGAACCAGCCCAACGUCAUGUGCCAGAUGGCCAGCCGCCUCAUUGUGUUGCAGUACAUGUGCGAGAAGGACAACCCGGGGCUGCGGGACGGCACCAAGCGGGGCAAUGACAACACGGCCGGCGGGGAACAGGAGCUGAGAGACGACCAGAAUGACCGGAAUGGAGACCCAGAGCCGCCGACAGCAGUGGAAGCGGCUGAAACUGCGCUGGGCCAGCACGAGCCUUUGGACUUCUACUUGGAUUGCAAGCAGCGGGAGCGCCAGAAAGGUCUCUACACCGCCGACCAAAAUGUCCGCGACGACCGUGGCGCCACGGCCACCAGGCAGAACCCGCAGGGCAACGCGGCUCGGCACCCGGCACCCACGGCACCCACGGCACCCACCCGUCAGUCAGUUGUGCAUGGCCGGAUGGCCAAGGCCAACAACAGGAUGGCGCCCAGGCCCAGAAGAUGUGAGUACUACCAAAGCGAGUCACAGAAUGUCCGUGCCAAAGGCUUUUGCUCCGAGCCGGAGCACAACAAUCCAGAGGCAUGUCAAGAUGCUGGCGCAGAAUGGAAGGAGAGGGGAAGAAUCAACAGACCGAAUCAAGAUGUGGCCGGAGUCUCCUCACGGGACAACCACAAUGGUAACGCGCGAGGGGGCAGGCCCAACUACUACAUGUGGAGGAUCCCUGAGUACAUCGAGGGGCGGUGCGUGUUGCGGCUGCGGUACAACAUCACCACGGGUGACUUCCGCAGCAGCGCGUUGGCGACCCUGGACGGGCCGGCCACCGACAGGCUCGAUGUGGGGGAUGACUACUUCAACCUGGACAAGGCCAUGAAUGAUCCCAACCCGGGCGCUCGUCGUCGAGCCGUCUUCAAGGGCGGGCCCCCGGUGCUGGCCCAAGACCCUGUGGGUGACUGGCUGGACCUGGGCGAGGACUUCCGGCUGCAGCUCCAGGUGAACACCAACCAGUACGGCAGAACCUUCCAAGAUAGGCAAUGCGGAGCGGGCUAG